CCGCUCACCACACUACAUUUCCCAGAAAAGUGUUCGUCUGAUUCCUUCAAAUAGCUGGUUUAUAACGAAGUUGUUUUGCUCCAUCCGCUGUUGAAGAUCCGCAGACUAUCAAGAGGAACGAACAGAUUUAGAGACUUUGACAGAUGUUGGUAAAAGAAGAUGAAAGGACAUGAUUCGGGAAAGGACUGUCUGGCAUCGGGCUCUGCAUACAGGGCCGUACCAUCCAGAGACCUACCCGGCACUGAAGAAGACCAUUACCAGCUGUCUAAAGUCCAGGAUGCUUUCGAAACGGCAGCGAGAGCUGAGGGCGGCCUCUCGUUGGAUGGAGGUGGUGCCACUCACCCCAAAGAGUUGGAGGACGAGGUCGGGAGAAGUAAAUACCACCACAGCGUCUGCGUACUCAAGCCUAUCCGCUCCACAAGCAAGCAUCAGCAUCCAGUGGACAACGCUGGCCUAUUCUCUUUUAUGACAUUUAAUUGGUUGACCUCACUGGCUGUGCUCGCCCAUAAGAAGGGUCAGCUGUUUUUGGAAGAUGUAUGGCCCGUGUCGCAGUUUGAGAGCUGUGAGACCAAUCGUCGCCGGCUGGUGGGACUUUGGGAUGAAGAAGUCCGGUCACGAGGAGACGGGGCGUCUCUUCAUCAUGUGGUGUGGCUCUUCUGCCGCACACGUCUGCUGCUGUCCAUCCUCUGCCUUAUGGUCACUCAACUCGCAGGCUUCAGUGGACCAGCUUUUGUGGUGAAGCGGUUACUGGAGUAUACUCAGAUGAGCGAACCCAACCUGCCCUACGGCCUGCUGCUGGUUCUGGGCCUCUUGACCACCGAGCUGAUUCGCUCCUGGUCCCUCGCCCUCACCUGGGCGCUCAACUACCGCACCGGCACGCGCAUGCGCGGAGCCAUCCUCACCAUGGCCUUCCACAAGAUACUGCGUCUGCGCAGCCUGCGGGACAAGAGCAUGGGAGAGCUGAUCAAUAUGUGUUCGAGCGACGGGCAGCGCAUGUUUGAGGCUGCCUCUGUGGGUAGUCUGCUGGCCGGUGGCCCCCUGGUGGCUGUGCUGGGAAUGGGAUAUAACUUAUACGUGUUGGGGCCGACUUCUCUCUUGGGCUCGGCUGUGUUCAUCCUCUUCUAUCCCACCAUGAUGUUCAGCUCCAGACUGACGGCGUACUUCAGGAGGAAGGGAGUGGCUGUGACCGACCAGCGGGUUCAAAAGAUGAAUGAGAUUUUGAACUACAUCAAGUUUAUUAAGAUGUAUGCUUGGGUUAAGGCCUUCUCGCAAGCAGUACGACGAAUAAGAAGUGAGGAGCAGCAGAUCCUGGAGCGUACGGGAUAUUUCCAGAGCAUAACGGUUGGCGUGGCACCCAUCGUUGUGGUGAUCGCAAGCGUGGCGACGUUCUCCACCCACAUGUUGCUAGGUUAUGACCUCACUGCUGCACAGGCAUUCACAGUCGUGACUGUUUUCAAUGCCAUGACGUUUGCUCUGAAGGUCACACCAUUCUCAGUCAAAUCUCUGUCUGAGGCAUCGGUUGCCAUAGACAGGUUUAAGCGUUUGCUCCUGAUGGCCGAGGUGAAAAUGAUACGCGAGCUGCCACGGAAUCCUUCCAUUGCCAUAGAGAUGACCGGUGCCAGUCUGGCAUGGGAGACGGGGAGUCACAGUGCCCAGCCUACGCCCCGUGGUACACCCUACGUAGGCCUGGGAAUGAAAGGAGGUCGCAAGAAACGCAGCCAACAGGACGAUUCGAGACAUCAUAAGAGGUUGGAGGAAGAACAGAAUGGCCAUUUGUUGAAUGAUGUGUCUGGAGACGUGACCGCCAGCCCUGAUGAUCACACCCUACAAGUGCCAACCAUCAGCCAACGACUGCAGAGAACUCUUCACUGCAUCGAUCUCACUAUACAAAAGGGGAAGCUGGUUGGAGUCUGUGGCAGUGUGGGAAGUGGCAAAACAUCUCUCAUUUCUGCCAUUCUUGGCCAGAUGACCCUUUUAGAGGGGACCGUCGCAGUUGAUGGAGAUUUUGCAUACGUGGCACAACAGGCCUGGAUUCUUAACGCCACCUUUCGUGACAACAUCCAGUUCGGCAAGGAAAUGGAAGAAGAGAGGUAUCAGGCUAUUUUGAGCGCUUGCUGUUUGAGACCCGACCUGGCUAUUCUCCCUAAUGCCGACCUGACUGAGAUUGGAGAACGUGGUGCCAAUCUGAGCGGCGGUCAGCGUCAGAGGAUCAGUCUGGCCAGAGCCUUAUACAGCAACAGGGACAUUUACAUCCUGGACGACCCUCUUAGUGCCCUGGACGCCCAUGUCGGAAACCACAUCUUCAACAACGCCAUUAAAAAGCACAUGCGCGGCAAGACCGUCGUAUUCGUCACUCACCAGCUUCAGUACCUGGUGGACUGCGAUGAUGUGAUCUUAAUGCGUGACGGCAGCAUCACAGAGCAGGGCAGUCAUGAGGACCUGAUGAAUCUUAACGGAGACUACGCCGCCAUGUUCAACAGCCUACAACUGGGAGAUUCGCCCAUAAUCGAGGUGCCGCAUAAGAACGCCGGGAGCUCCCUGAAGAAACCUUUAGAGAAAAACAAGGCGGGUUCCGUCAAAAAGGAAAAAACAGCCAAUGAGGAUAAUGGUCAGCUGAUGCAGGUGGAGGAGCGAGGGAAGGGCUCAGUGCCCUGGGCGGUGUACAAAGUAUACAUCCAGGCUCUAGGAGGCCUGCCUGUCUUCCUCCUUAUCCUGGCACUUUUUGUUCUCAAUGUGGGCAGCACCGCCUUCAGCAACUGGUGGCUCAGCUACUGGAUCAAACAGGGCAGCGGGAACACAACAGUACAGGUUGGAAACAGUUCAGUGUUGAGUGAGAGUAUGAGGGAUAAUCCUCAGAUGCAUCAUUACGCCAUCGUCUACACCAUGUCUAUGGUUGUCAUGCUUCUUCUCAAACUACUGCGAGGCAUCGUGUUUGUCAAGGGAACUCUGCGUGCCUCCUCAAAGCUCCACGACGAACUUUUCCAAAAGAUCCUUCGCAGCCCCAUGAAGUUUUUCGACACGACACCCACGGCUCGCAUACUCAACAGAUUCAAUAAAGAUAUGGAUGAAGUGGAUACACGUCUGCCGUUUCAAGCUGAGAUGUUCAUUCAGAACGUGAUUCUGGUCCUGUUUUGUCUGGGCGUGAUCAGCAGCGUUUUCCCAUGGUUCCUGGUGGCAGUGGGGCCACUGGUGCUUCUCUUUACUGUGCUGCACGUUGUGUCUCGGGUCUUCAUUAGGGAACUCAAACGAUUGGACAAUGUCACACAGUCGCCUUUCCUGUCUCACAUCGCCUCCAGCAUUCAGGGCCUCACUACAGUGCACGCUUAUGGGAAAGAGGAGGAAUUCCUGCACAGGUAUCAGGAACUGCUGGAUCAGAAUCAGGCUCCCUUCUAUCUGUUUAGCUGUGCCAUGCGAUGGCUGGCUGUGCGUCUGGAUGUCAUCAGCGUGGCUCUCAUCAGCAUCACGGCUUUGAUGAUCGUCCUCAUGCACGGAAAUAUUCCUCCCGCCUAUGCAGGCCUGGCCAUUUCCUACGCCGUGCAGCUCACGGGAUUAUUCCAGUUUACCGUUCGCCUGGCCUCUGAGACUGAGGCUCGGUUUACCUCGGUAGAGCGAAUAAAUCAUUACAUCAAGUCUCUGUCUCUGGAGGCUCCAGCCCGGGUGAAAAACAAGACUCCUCCAUCCGACUGGCCCCAGGAGGGCGAGAUCGUGUUUGAUGGAACAGAGAUGAGGUACAGAGACAACCUCCCGCUGGUACUGAAGAAAGUUUCUUGCACCAUUCGACCGAAAGAAAAGGUCGGCAUUGUGGGACGGACGGGCUCAGGGAAGUCUUCUCUUGGAGUUGUUCUCUACCGGUUGGUAGAACCUUGCGGUGGCUCCAUUAAGAUUGACGGCAUCAACAUCUGUGACAUCGGCCUUGCAGAUGUGCGCAGCAAGCUGUCAAUCAUUCCACAGGAGCCAGUGCUUUUCAGUGGUACUGUCAGAUCCAACCUGGAUCCAUUCAGCCUGUAUUCUGAGGAGCAAAUCUGGGACGCCCUAAAGAGGACACACAUGAAAGAAUGUGUUUCUCAGCUGCCAUUGAAGCUGGAGUCGGAGGUGGUGGAGAACGGAGAGAACUUCUCUGUGGGUGAGAGGCAGCUGCUUUGUGUGGCCAGAGUUCUUCUGAGACAGUGCAAGAUCCUGAUCCUGGACGAGGCCACGGCGGCUAUGGACACGGAAACAGAUUGCUUAAUUCAGGAGACGAUUCGUAAUGCAUUCCAGGACUGCACCACUUUGACUAUCGCACACAGACUGCACACAGUACUGAACUGUGAUCGCAUCAUGGUGCUUAAUCAGGGCCAGGUGGUGGAAUUCGACGAGCCGUCCAAGCUUCUGGCCAACGAAAACUCUCGCUUCUCUGCAAUGCUGGCGGCGGUGGAGAACAAAAUCUCCGUAAGAGGCUAAAGGACGUCCGAGCCAAGGUUCCGCUCCCGAGGACCGGCGGGAACAUUCUUCAUUGAUAUUCCAGUCAUCGCUGCUUCGAUGUCGCUCUCUCCUUCAGCCCCGCACGGACCUGUGGAGGGAGAUUAUUGUAUUUCCAUGAAACUCAUGGGCUGUCAUUAGGGGCACGCCUGCUAAGAUGUACUUCUUGUGUAAGCUUAAAAGGUUAGGUCACGAAACACUGGAAUGCUAUUUACGUGACAGAGGACGAAAUGUAGUUCCAUCCACGCGAACUGUGCGUUUCACAGAGUAUAAUCUCUGUUUAUAUGAGUAUAUAUAUAUUUACAAGUUGGGCGCAGAGUCUCCUUUUGUACCGAUUCUGCAGGGUAUGUACAGUAACAUGUAAAAUAUAUAUACAUACACACACAUUCAGAUGUAUCAUCUUUCAUUACUGUUUCAUAUUUUUGACAACUUGACCGUCACGUGUAACUGUCGUCGUCUCGUGAGAACCCUAAACUCUGGCACAGGUGAUGUUGAACGAGCACGAGAGAAACAGUGCUGGUUUUGUUACUGUAUCCUUGUUCGGCACACCAAGGAUUCAGUCGUAUAUAGCUAAGAGGCCUUGUAUAUUUAUAGCUUAUUUCCACUGUUAUCAUUUUGCCUGUAACUUUUAUAGUUUCCUCUUACGUGGUCAGUUUUGCUCGGUUUCGUAUGAAUGCAUUCUUAUUUUGAUUGCACUUUGCAUCCACUGAGGAUCUGCUCUUCUGUGGGUUGAAGAUCUCUUUACUUUUCCCCAGAAGAGAUGCUAGUCGAGCAUAAUGGCUUGAUUUGCUUAAACGGUCCUUUUGUUUUUGUGUGUGUGUUACAUUGUCACAGCACUGGUACAAAGAGAUUGACGUAUAAACGAACCUCCUGCAUCAGGUUGUGAUGGCCUGCACGAAGGUAAAGCUGGUUUCCAACGCGUCCCUCGUCAGAUCCAGUUGGUUAUUUACGUUAUUUUCCAUAGCCUUAGCAUGGUUUCUUAAAUGCCUUGUGAAAAGGGUGGAAUGAGAGGAGAGGGCACUCUCCUCAGUUUUAAUAAAUUUAUUUUAGGUUUACACUUGUUGUGUCUGUGUUUCUGUAAUAUUGAGAAGGGAUGAAGUUUAUUGUAAUGGGAUAUCUGACUGAUGCCCAAGAUGUCUGUGAUCAUUUGAGUUACUGUGGCGAGAUCUGAAUUAAAGCGCUUUUUUCUAGA